AUGGAGAAGGGAUCAAAGAAAGAAGAGACGCAACAAGAUACGACGAAAGUAAGAGAUUAUAUCGCGAAGCUACGACGAAGUAGUCGCAAUCGAGAAUCGUAUGACGAGAUCGCAGAACUCGAAGCUGAGCUGCGAAGGGCGUACAUUACGAAGGAGCUGCAAGCGCAAAUCCUAGAAAGGGAGACCGAGCGUUACAUCGAGAAUGUACGGAAACAACAAGCCGCAGAACUGAUGCGAUUGGAACAGCAGGCGGUCCUCGAGGAUGAUCUUCGCCAAAGAUCCGAGAGCCUCGAGAAGUCGGAAGAUUACAGGAAAGAACUGACUAUUCAGAUGAAACGGAAAGAAGAAGAGAAGAGUUUGAUGAUGGAGGAAGCUCGCCACGAGAGAGAAGUCUUAACAGAAAUGGAUAGAAUAAGAGAACAGCACGAAGAACUUAAAACGCUUGAGAGAAAAAACCAACUGGCUGAGACUUUAAGGCGAGAACGUUUAAUUUUUCAGGAAAUUAGGCAGAUUCGCGAGGAAGAGGAGAGGGCAGCUGAGGCGGACAAACUUUACAAGGACGAAAAAUAUUUAAAGGAAAUCGAUGAAAGGAUUAAAAGAGUGAGAAACCUUUACGAAGAACAAUUAAAAAGAAGGGAACGAACAACGAGUAAGAUUGCCAACAUACUGAUAAAUGCAGAAACUAGAAAAAAAGAGAGAGAUAUUUUGAUAGACGAAUUGAUAGCCGAGGAUGUAAAGUAUGAGUCGUUGCUGAAAGAGGAAAUGGAAAAUAUUCAAAGAAAGAGGAUGAGAGAGGAAUUGGCGGUUAAUUUGAAAGAACAAAUUGUUUUCACAGAACAGUGUAAGUUACGAUUUGUUGAGCAAGAUAGAAUGUUCGCAGAAGAAAUUAUGAGAAAAAUUGUAGAGGAUGAGAAAACUGCCAGACUGACUGCUGCGGCUAGACGUAGAAUGCAGCUACAGUAUCGAGAGGAUUUGGCUCGAUUGAUCGAAACCCGACGUAAGAUUCGAGAAGAAGAGAUUUUCAAUACGCAGGAAACUGCUAAAGAAGAAAAGAGGCGCGAAAAAGCCAAUCUAGAACGUAUUAAAGAAGAUAGAAAACGAUUGUUGGAAAAGCACGCGUCGAAUGUUGGUGACUUUAUUAAUAAAAGCGCUCUUUCUGAAGAGGAGCAAAAGAUUAUCGAACAAUUCGCAUAA